GGGAGGCAGGCGAGCAGUAGUAGUGGUUGGGAACUGGUUGAGAAGAGACGUGAGGUGCCAGUGCCUCUCGUCACCCACCUGUGUUACCUGCCCUUCCCUCUCUUCACCUGUGCCAAUUAGCCAAGAAAGAGGCACACUGAACUGAAACGAACGAAUUGGAAAGGAAAAACAACGAUAACAGCGAAAAAAUAUAUUGUGGGUACGAAAAAGUAAAAAAAAAAAUUACAAAGUGAUUUAUUUAUUGCAAUUGUGAACGCUUAGGAUUGAAUAACGAAAGAAAACGGGAAGUAAAGAAAAGAUGAGGCAUAUAUGGUGACAAAUACAUAAAAAGAGAGAGAAUAAGAAAAUUAACAGCAAUAUAAGGUAGAAAUAAGAGUAAAAAUAAGAGAACUCACGGUAAUAUAAGGUACCAAAUUUGAAAUAGUGGAAACUCUGAAAUUUUUUGAAAGAACAAAGUGUAAAAAAAAAAAACUAAAUUAGCAAAAAAUAGACUUGACAAAAUAUAUAUAAAAAAUAAAUCUGACCUCCCAAAAAACAUACAAAAAUAAAUCAAAACAUACACAAAUCUGGAGGAAAAAUAUAUACAGGGAACUGAAAAAUAUAUAAUCUAAAAAAAACACACAAAAGAGUAAAAAUAUAAAAACAAGUGAAAAAAAUCAACAUAAACUGAAAAAAAGAACUAAAAAAAAAAAGAAAAAAUAAGAAAAUCAAGGGAAAACACAAAUUUAAUACCACCACCACCUCCACCACUACCACCACUACCCGCCCCGCCCCGCCCCUACAGUGGUCAUGUCGUAAUGUGAGAAGGGCCGGAGGGAGGAAGAGGCUGCUGGGAGGAUGGGCUGCAAAGGGUCCAAGUCAAAGAAGAAUGCAUACGCUCGAGUCGCCCAGUAUCAGAAAGAGUCAUGGGCGGCAGAACGCGCUGUGCGGCGGGCGCCUGAGCCGCUGGACUGGGGCCUGGCGCCGCCGGGCUGCAUCACGCCCGCCGCCCUCCACAACCUGCUGACGGACGGCUUCUACGCCCCCUACGCCGCCAACCCGCACUACCUGCUGCUGCUGGACUGCCGGAGUGCUGCGGCCUUCACCAAGAGGAGGCUGUGCUCGGCGCGAUGGCAUGGUGCCCUGCACGCGGCGCCAGACCCGCGCCUUAUCAACAACAUCGUGUUGUAUGACGACCGGCCGCGCACAGCCACGCCGCCCGCCGGAGAUGCCGACCCCCUGGCAAAGCUGUACCACGAGCUGCGGCGGCAGAAGCUGGAGCCGCUAGUGGUGGUGGGCGGGUGGGCGGUGAUGGAGGCCAUCUGCCCGCACCUGAUAGAGGAGGGGGAGGGACCGCCCUCUGAGCCCACCCCAUGGUACCCCGCCCAGGUGUUGCCGCGCCAGCUGUACCUGGGGCACGCCGAGAUGGCGGCGCAUCCCCGCGUGUUGGCGGCGCUACGCAUCACGCACAUCGUGGACGUCACGGAGCACCUGCCGCCCCGCGUGCUGCCCGCCAUGAACUACCUGCUGGUGCCCGUGCCUGAGGACCCUGCCGUGGAUGGGGACGAGGGCGCCGACUUACUGGCGUCACUGCCCACCAUCAUGGCCUUCGUAGGCGAGGCGCGGUCCCUGGGCGGGUGUGUGCUGGUGCACUGUGACCAGGGCCUGACACGCGCUGCUGCUGUGGUCAUGGGUAUCCUGAUGGCGGAGCGUCGGUGCACCCUGGAAGACGCCUUCUAUUACGUGAAGGGCGCCCGCUCCGCCGUGCAUCCAAGCUCCAGCCUACUGCAGCAGCUGGCGCAGUACGAGAAGGAUCUGUUUGGGGUGUGCCUCACCGCGGCUGAAGACCUCUUCUGACCCCCCCGUGACCGGACGGUCGCCACAUAUCGGCAGUGUGUUGCAGCCUUCGUGUCCCCGAGGGGACCGCCAGCCUUCAGGUCUCUAGGACGAGUGUAGCGGCGUCGCGUCCAAGCCGGUGCUCGCGUGCCGGCGCUGUUUGUCUUUCAUACCCGUAAAUACUAAUCAUAAGUCUCAACAUUGGUCGCCACAUAGUGUAUAGUAUCAAUACCCGCGGGCGUGCCGGAGGACGUGCGUCAGCAGUGUGGGGUCAGCCUGCUGCUGGCAGGCGGCAUCGCCACAACCCAACGCUACCACCAGCUCCUUCACGCCGCAGAACUGUCCAGCCUGACGACCCCCGCUGCUGGCCGCCGUCCCUUCCCGGAGCGUCGUUGCGGUCCCAACCCUGCCCACACACAUGCACUCCCCCCCCUGGGCAGCCAGGUGCUAAACACGGCCGCCCCGACCACCCAAACGAACACAGAGCUUUGGACGAACGAGCGAGCGAGCCUCAGGGCAGCCAGGAGGGGGACGCUGAGAUGCCGCAGGUGUUUGGUACGAGGCGUGGGGACAUGAGACUCCCGGGGCAGCUCCAGGCCCUCACGAGGCGUGGAAGCACAACCUAUGCCAGACCAAUUCCUUCUGGCCUUGCUAUCGACGCAGAAUGAGGAGGCAAGGCACACGACAAGCAGAUAGAAACUCCUGCUUGUCUCUGUGGUGUCCUGGUCCUCUUCUUCCUACGGUUAUCUUCAGAGAGGACAGAGGAGCAUCGGAACGCCCACGCAACAAUCUACCACAACACACUCUGGGGCCGCGUACCAAAUCCUUCACCCUGCUGCAGACCACCCCCUCUCUGGACCACCAGUACACUCCCCAUGGACUCCUGAGGCCACGCUCGCCCCCAACACCCUCCAUCAGGGACACAAAUACGUCCCUAAAUGGAGUUUUGACCGCUCCUUUGGACAGUGUAGGGCGAGGGACGGUCCCUAGCUAGUUAUACGCUUAGUAGGUCUAAAGUACAUGCAAAAAAAAAAUACGAUAAAAAACUACAAAAUCAACAAGCAGUGCAGUCUUCGCGUCUGUUUGUUUGUGUCUCUCGUGUUCCUCUGGCUUGCGACCCGCUCUUGCCACUCACUCACUCGCUGAGACCUGUGUGUGUGUGUGUGUGUGUGUGUGUGUGUGUGUGUGUGUGUGUGUGUGUGUGUGUGUGUGUGUUACCCUGAUUCACUUCAUUAUUUCCUACCUCACUCACUACGCCCUUUCCCCAUCCCCGUGUGUGUGUGUGUGUGUGUGUGUGUGUGUGUGUGUGUGUGUGUGUGUGUGUGUGUGUGUGUGUGUGUGUGUGUG